CCGGCCCGAGCGCGGAGCGGGGCGGCAUGGCGAGCCUGGCCCCCGCCGCCGCCUCGUCCCCCGCAGGCGCCGCGUCCCGCGGCAAGAAGCGCCCGGCGAGCCCGGGCACCGGCCCCGCCAAGAAGAAGAAGGCGCCUGGCGGCUCGCAGAGUGCAGGUGGAGAGGCUGUGAGUGAAAAUAAAUUUCUGAACACAGACUCCAACACAGGAUCAGUGGAAAGUACUGCCAAGCCGUUACCAUUUAAAGACCCAAACUUCAUUCACUCCAGCAUUGGUGGAGCAGCAGCUGGCAAGAAGAACAGAACGUGGAAGAAUCUAAAACAAAUUCUUGCUUCUGAAAGGGCAUUGCCAUGGCAACUAAAUGAUCCUAGCUAUUUUAAUAUUGAUGCUCCUCCCUCCUUUAAACCUGCCAAGAAAUAUUCAGACAUCUCAGGACUUCCAGCAAAUUACACAGAUCCACAGAGCAAGCUAAGAUUUAGUACUAUCGAAGAAUUUGCCUACAUUCGGAUGCUCCCUUCAGAUGUGGUUGCAGGAUACCUGGCUCUAAGGAAAGCAACAAGUAUUGUUUCCUGAACACACUAAAUAUUCUUGUUUAUUGCUUGUGAACAGUGCUCAUUUGGAGUAUCAUGAUGGAAACUCACUGUGGGACUAAGAUUCUCUAAAACUAUCUGUGGAUUUUUACAUCUGGAAGUAGUUGAUGAUACAUGCUUUUGAAGAACAUGUGGAUUUAAUUUUCAUAAAUGCUGAUAUUUGUUAGUUUGCCAAUUUGUUAGCAAUUUAGUUUGGUUAACAGAAUAACUUAGACCUUAAGGAUAUGUAUCUGUUCUAUAAUGUCUCAUUUAUAUUAAUUUCUGUAAAGACAGGAUUUCAUCUCCACCCUGUAUAUUUUAUGUACUACCCUGGCUCAGAAGAAACUGUCGUUUGAAUUUAGGAAAAGGUAACAAGAUCUCCAAAUGUCUAAACCUGCCUUACCAGAUGUACUUGCCACUUGGCUAUGAUGUGUGUGACCUGUAAAAUGAAGCUAAAAUACCCAGCAAGUGCUGCUGUUGUGAUGACUUUUCAGGGUUCUGUGGCACUGUGGAAAUGAAGACACAAAUGUUUGUAUUGAAUUA